AUGUAUAAGUUGGAGGAUGACAAAAGUGCAAUAAAUAUGAUGCACAUUGCGAAACACUAUGGCCAGGUUCAUAUGUUUGUUGUCCAUGGUAUAUCUGAAGCAGAAGUUGUGGAAAACGACUUAGAGGAUGAACAGGGUUUGCUUUGUGGGGCUGAGUUAGAGAGUGGGGAGGGCAGUCACAUAAAUGCGGAGGUACAAGAGGUUGAGAAGGAGGUACAAGAGGUUGAGAAGGAGGUACAACAGGUUGAGGAGGAGGUCCAAAAGGAGGUUGAAAAGGAGGUUGAAAAUGAGGUUGAGGAGGAGGUUAAUGAGGAGGUUCAUGAGGAGGUUCAUGAGGAGGUUCGUCGGGAAGUUCAUGAGAAGGUUAAUAUGGAGGUUGAGGAGGAGGUUCAUGAGGUUCAGGUUGAAGUGCAGAUGGGGGGUGAUGGUUUAAGUGAUUGUGAGGUGCAAUCUCACGUCAGGGGUGAGGAAGGAGUUCAAGAAGAGGAUGAGGGACUUGUUGAUGUCCAGAUCAGUUUGGACCAUGGUGAUCAUAAUUUGUAUGAAGGGAGUGUGGAGGUGAAUAAUGAGCAAGAGUCUGACCAGGUGGAAGAUAUUGAAAAAGAGAAUGAAAGUGAAGAAGAGGAAUACAGUGACAGUGAGGAAGAUGGUAGUUAUGUAAUUUCGGAUAGAGAAACAACAGGAGAUGAAUGGCAAUCAGAUGACUUCCUUAGUCUUAAUGAAAGUGAUGAUGAAGGAUGUGUUGAUGAAAGUUCAGGUGAUGAAGGGGGGACCUGUGGUCCUUUUGGCACAUUUGUCAUGCCAAAUUCGAUGGCUGACUAUAGGUGGGAUGUGGGAACAAAUUUCAUAGAUAAGGAACAUUUCCAACAAGCAAUAAUAACUUAUGCAGUUCAUUCUGGUAGAAACAUAAGAUGGGUUAAAAAUGAUAAACAAAGAGUGAGGGUGAAAUGUAUGGGGGCACAAGGAAAAUGUGAAUGGUCCGCAUAUGCUGCAUAUAUUCCAUUACGCAAGACAUGGCAACUAAGAAAAGUGGUUGAUAGGCAUAACUGUUCUAGGGAGUUUAAACUUAAGAUUAUGAGUGCAAAAUGGCUGAGUAAGAAGGUAGAGAAGUCUUUGAUUGAUAAUCCAAAAUUCAAGAUUAAGGAUGUGCGAGAAAAAGGGUUGAGGAAGUGGAAUACAAGUAUUUCAGUGGCCAUGGCUCGUAGGGCAAAAUCCUUAGCUUCAGACCAAGUGGAAGGGUCAUUCAAAGAACAAUUUCGAAGAAUACAUGAUUAUGCUUAUGAAAUUCUGAGAUGCAAUCCAGGGAGCACAGUCAAAGUUAAAGUGGAUGAAAGACAAGGUGAGUCUGUUUUUGGUAGGUUUUACACAUGUUUCAAAGCAUGUAAAGAUGCUUUUGUGCUUUGUCGCCCCUUUAUUGGGUUGGAUGGUUGCUUCCUCAAAGGGAAAUAUGGGGGCGAGUUGCUAACUGCAGUGGCCAGGGAUGCUAACGACCAAAUGCUUCCUCUAGCAUACGCAAUUGUGGAGGUAGAGAAAAAAGAGACUUGGAAAUGGUUUUUGGAAAUCCUAGUGGAUGAUCUAGGACGACCUGAAGUCUGUUGGGCAUGUACAUUUAUGUUAGAUCAACAAAAGGGUCUGUUGCCUGCAAUUCAGGAGUUAUUACCUGGUGCAGAGCAACGAUUCUGUAUGAGGCAUUUGUACUCUAAUUUCAGAAAACGGUUUGGUGGCCAGAAGUUGAAAAACCUAAUGUGGAAGGCAGCAACUGUGACACACCCUGUGGCCUGGGAAAGGGUAAUGAGAGAUAUAAAAAAAGAAAAUGAAGAUGCUUUCAAGUACCUCAUUGCUAUACCACCUAGAUCAAGAUUCACUAGGAAUGUUGUCACUGACACAGUAGUAAAUAACAUGACAGAGGCAUUUAACAGUGUGCUUGUUGAUGCUAGAUGCAAGCCUGUUAUCUCAAUGUUGGAAGACAUACGAAUAUACAUGAUGAAGAGGUGUUGUGCUGGGGGGAAAGUAUUUGAAGUUGCACACCUAUCAGUGUUAGGUGACAAGUAUGUUGUCAACCUAGACACCCAAGAUUGCAGCUGCAGGAAGUGGAUGAUAACUGGCAUCCCGUGCUGCCAUGCACUUGCUGCCAUUAGGUUCUUGAACUUGAAUGCAGCAGAUUAUAUCCCCCUAUGUUUCAGGAAAUCAACUUUUGAAGAGAUGUAUAAUUCCAUUAUCUACCCUAUCAAUGGACAAAACAUGUGGCCCACCACUGAUUUCCCAGAUGUCAUGCCUCCACAUAAAAGGAUUAUGCCUGGCGACCCAAGAAAAAGAGAAGGCUGGAACAAUGGGAGUUGA